UUAAUCCCACCUUUGGCCGGUUUUCUUUAAUUAAUCCCACCUAAGCGAUAUUUUUUAAUAAUCCCACAUUUAAGCCCUAACUACUUUAAUUAGACCUAAUUGACUGGCUACCGGCAAAAAAGUCAACGUCUAUUUCGUUGACAACCAACACUUUGAUUUCCCUCCUAAAAUGCUUGACACGUCAGUAAUUAAUUGCCAACUACUCUAGGUUUUCGAAAUUUUUUUACCAAAAAAAUUUACAACUCUCUCUCUUCUCUACUCUCCCGUACUUCUCUCUCCUCCAUUACUGAACCUUCAACCACAACUGUACUUCAUGACAUCAUCUGCGAGUAACCUGUCGAAAUAGGCUUCUUCAUCAACGCGCAAUCAAUUUUCGUCCCCACAAUCGUACAAUUGAGGAUGGCUGAGGGUACUCUGAAAAUUUGGCAUGGAGGUGUGUUUAAAAAGGUUGCUAAUGGUGAGACAAUCUAUGAGGGAGGACGGGGUAGAACCUUUCCUGUUGAUGUUGAUGAGUUGUGUUGGUGGGAUUUAGAAGUUUUAGCUAAGAAAUGUGGGGGGUAUGAGAAUAUCGAUGGUCUUUUCUACUUGAUUCCUGGGCUUAGCUUAGCAAAUGGUUUGAGGAAAGUGUAUGAAGAUGUAGAGGUUUUGAAGAUGGCUGAAUUGGUGUUGAAGUACAGGUGUGUUGAGUUGUAUGUAUAUCAUGGUACUGAGUUACCAAACCAAGAAACCACAAUCAUAUCACCACAAAAUGAUGUCAUGUCAUCACCCAAAAAAGGUCAUGCCCUGUCAUCAACAUCUAAGACAUAUCCUGCCACCUCACAAGCUACCAAAAAAGAUUAUGCUACCUCAUCAGCUGCAAAAAAAGAUGCUGCCACCUCAUCAAUAUUACCUACAGAUACCCUAGCAAACAAAAAACAGGCCCAUACCCCUGGAAAAUCUAAAAACCCAACCAAACCACAAAAAACAAAGUCCACUCCAAAAAAAUCCAGAGAAUCCAUCAAAUCCCCCCCUCAACCUACUGAAGAAGAAAUCAGCAUCCCCACCCUUGAAGCUAAUGAAAAUGAUUUCUUAGAGAACUAUGAAUGGGAAGACCCCAGACCCGAGAGUCCAUUGAAGUUCACAGAUCUGUACUCUGACAUAAGUGAUGAAGAUGAUGAUGUUGAUCCGGACUUUGAGCUAGAACUUGCAUCCUCUGAUGGUGAUGGUGAUUAUGUUGAUAAAUUGGAGAAGGAAUUAGAGGAUGAGGAGAUUUUAGCUGAUCAGAAACUGUCAGACACAGAUGAAAGUGAUGAGGAGUAUAUUGCAUCUAGGGCAAAGACGAGGAGCUGUAACAACAAGCUUGUUGAACUAGCUGAACAACUUCAAAGGGAGGCAGCUGAGGGAAAGUUAGGUGGUGUUCAGUCAGAGGCUACAACAGGAGAGGGAACUAGUGCUGCAGGGGGUUAUGUGAGUGAGUACGAGGAUAGUGAGGAUGAUAUACACACGCCCCCCGAUAGUGGUGAUGAGGAUUUGAGUUUCGAGAGGAGGAGAAGGAGAGCUGUUUUGGUAGGUGAACACACUGACUUCUCUGUGUUCAGGUGGAAAGUUGGGCAAAGGUUUCCCAACAGGGCUGCUUUCAAAGAUGCAGUUGCUAAGUAUGCUGUUCUACAGGGGAGAAACGUUUUCAUACAGUCUAGUAACAUACGUAGGCAACAAAGGGUAGGGGUGAAGUGUGUUGAAGGUUGUCCGUUCUACUUGUAUGCGUCUUGGGACUCUAGGAGAGAAGUACUUGUUGUGAAGAGGGUAGAGGGUGAGCAUACUUGUCAUAGAAAUAUGAAAAAGAAUCGACAGUUAAAGUCCACUUGGGUUGCAAAACAGUUUCUCGAGGUGUUCAAGGCUAGACCCCAUUGGCCAGCUAAGGAAAUCAUGGAGACUAUAAGGAGGGCAUUUAAGAUUGUAGUAAAAAAGGAGUUUGCGUAUAAGGUGAAGUAUGCUGCACACACGUUAUUACAUGGUUCGAUGCACGAGCAUUACAAGAAAGUGGGAGGGUAUGUGGCAGCCAUAAAGAACAGUAGUCCUGGUACGAUGGUGGAGCUAGUGACCGAUGUCAGUAAACAAGCGUUUCCACCUGUUUUCCAGAGGUUUUACACAUGUUUUGAAGGAUUGCAGAGGGGCUGGAAGCAGGGUUGCAGGAAGGUGAUAGCGGUUGAUGCGUGUUUUCUGAAAACCUUCCUGGGUGGGCAGUUGAUGAGUGCUAUAGGUAGGGAUGGCAAUGACCAAAUGUACCCUAUUUCUUGGGCCGUAGUAGAGGGGGAGAAUAACAUGUCUUGGGAGUGGUUUUUUCUUCUGCAUCAGAGGUCCCUCGAUCUAGGUGAAGGAGAGGGAAUUGCUAUCAUCUCCGAUGAGCACCAGGCUAUAUUAAAUGCCGUUGCAGCAGUUCUCCCAAAGGCAGAGCAUAGACACUGUGCGAGGCACAUCUUUGCUCAUUGGCACAAGACUUGGAAAGGUGAUGAGAUGAAGCUUUUAUUCUGGAAAAUUGCCAAGGCUUACAACCUUGCUGACUACAAUGAUGCCUUGGAGGAACUCACACAGUUGAAUGUCGAUGCUGCCACUGCGUUUAAGGGCUACAAACCAGAGGUUUUCUGUAGAGCUUUUCUAGAUACAACAAUGAAGACUGAUGCCAUAACAUCCAACAUAGCUGAAACAUUCAAUGGAUACAUCAUUCAGGCAAGAACCAAACAUCUGAUCUUCAUGUUAGAAGACAUCAGAAACAACUUGAUGCAAAGAUUGGUGGUGAAAAGACAGCAAAUGGAGAAGUCGACAUCAAUCCUUUGUCCAAGAAUACAACAGAAGCUGGAAAAAGAGAAGGCGAAGGCUAGCAACUGUGACGUAAUACCGUCAACGGAUACAUUGUUCAAUGUCAAUUAUUAUCUGGAUCAAUUGGUGGUGGAUUUGGAAGCAAGGACUGUUAGGUUAUGA